AUGCUUUUGUUGCACACAUCUGCAGUGGUGAUAUGCAGCAUCGUUUUGUUUACCAUGGCUCACGCAGAAUACAACUGCAACAAAAACGUUCCUAAGAAUACACAAUCCCAUCUAAUUGAGGCUAUCAAUACCAGACGCCAAAAGUUAAGACUAAAACCAAUAGAA